UUUCCCCUUCGACCUGAAGAAGAACUCGAAUAUCGGCUACGGGUUCAUCAACUUCGUGGACCCGGCGCACGCGGCGCGGUUCGCGCAGGAGUUCGACUACGUGUACCUGGACGACAGGAUGGAGGCGAAGGGCAAGCCCCUGCGAGUGCACGCGGCAUCCGUGCAGGGGUACCAGGACAACUACGCGCACUUCUCGGCGAAGGCGGCGCAGAAGCAGAGCGCCCUCCGCAGCCCGCUGUUCUUCCCUGGCGGCUCGCUGGCGAAGCUGCCGGAGGAGGUCGCGUCGGCCCUCGCCGACCUGCAGCGCGGCCCGGAGGCCGCGGCGAGGGCACCAGAGGCGCCCGAGCUCGGGGCGCAGGGCGAGGGCUCGGGCCGCCAGCCUCGCUUGUGGAGGCCAUCUCCUCGGCGUUCGCGAUGGGGCGCUGGACGCCCACGGGCGCCGCCGGCCUCCGCGCCGCGCGCUGGGGGUGCCUCGGCGAGGCGCCAGUCUGUUUGCAUCUCCGCGGCUCCCGGAGCCAGCCGCGUGGCUCGUGCGGGCACGCCGCCGACCUGCGCGGCAGCGCGGCCGAGGCGCCCGACCCGCACGUGCCCUGGCCGCAGCUGCCCGCCGACUGGUUGAACACGGCGCCGCUGGCCGAGCCGAUGCGCAUCUCGACGGAGGGCCUGCACGGGAGCCGCUACGCUGCCUCCCUGGGAACCAACGGCGUGCCCCACCACGCGCUCUCAGGC